AUGCGAACCUCUACAACUUACGACCUGGCUGACAACAUCGUCCGGGAAUGUCACGCCCAGUUCGGCAAGCUACCCAAGAAUGGGAAACCAGCCAACAGAAACAAUGGCCAAGCUGAAUGGACAAUUCUCGCAGGCAUAGUCAUGGCUACUCCUGUCAAAGAUCAGCACACCACUACUACAACUGGCACAGAGAAUAACAAAGAGAGCCUCCAAACGGAUGCGCUCUGGGAGAUUGAAUGCAUAUCAUUGGCGACAGGAAGUAAAUGCUUGCCGCAAGGGAAACAGAGUCCCCGAGGCGACUUGCUCAAUGACUGCCACGCCGAAGUCCUAGCUCGUCGAGGAUUCAACAAGUGGUGCUUGCACGAGAUGCAGAGGAGUGUACAGGAAUUUAAUAACUUCAAGAAAAAUUUCAAGUAUCUGGGUGCCCGUAGCCAUGACGUGCAACAGGAGAACUCGCCUCUCUUCGAAUUAACCCACGCGGGAACUCAAUUCCAUCUUUACGUCAGCCAAGCACCAUGUGGAGAUGCUACGACUGCUAGCUUGGCGCUGACACAGAGCGAAGAAUCCAGGAACGCAUUCAUGGCAGGGCAGCAGAGGCGACCAAAGUCAGCUGCGCAGGAACCUACAGCAGCAGGAGAUCAGGAUCUGAGGGCUUCACCAGUCACCGGAUCAAAACGCAGGCGGGAAUCGGAAGCACUGGUCGAACCAACUGAGACUGCUGCACCUUCUACAAAACUGCAAAAGCGUGAUAGCACCAGCACCACUGCUGCAGCCAAAAGCCAUACAACGAACAAGUCCGGGGUGCAGAAGGAUCAGCAGCUGGUAUGCAGCGAUCAAGUUCUCGGUUUCCGACGUGGCCGAAUCGAUUACGACUCUGUUGGCGUGUUACGAACAAAACCUGGCAGAGUUGACUCGGAACCGACGCUCUCCAUGUCCUGUAGCGACAAGAUUACGCGCUGGAACAUUCUGGGACUCAGCUCUGCCUUGGUGAUGCCGUUUCUGAAGAAGCCCAUCUAUCUCGAGUCCGUUGUCACGAAGGAGCUGUUCGAUGCGGAGGCGCUGGAAAGAGCCUUGUUUAGGAGGAUUCAGGAUUGUCGGCGGCGCACGGACCACAUCACCGACUCAAGAACUGAUGAACUAUCGACCACCUCUGCAACAAUCCACCCACGCGAAAUCAGCGUGCACAAGAGCGAGAUCGCAUUCGAAUUCGGUAAAGAGGCCGUCUCAAAGCAAAGCGAACAAGAAGGCAUCACCUCUGCACCAGUUGCAUGCGCCUCCAGUACGUAUUAA